AUGGGCUACGAGGACAACAACAUCAACGGUCAUGACCCAAAGGUCAUCUCCGACUCCGAUAAUGAGAAGACCGCCUACCCCGCCCCACCGGCCUUCGACAACGAAAUGCUGGGCGAGAUGACCGACGCGGAGCGUCAUGGCAUCCAGAAGUUCAACCGCCUGGGUUGGAAACGCCUCACCAUUGUCCUCAUCGUCGAAGCUAUUGCCCUCGGCAGUCUGUCCAUCCCCCAAACCUUUGCCUACCUAGGUAUGGUCGCUGGAACAAUCUGUUGUGUCGGUCUCGGCCUGGUCGCCAUCUAUACCAGUUACAUUGUCGGUCAGGUCAAACUACUCUUCCCCCAAGUUGCCAACUAUUCCGACGCUGGUCGUCUGAUGUGGGGGCGCUUUGGAUACGAACUGAUCAACUUCAUGCUGGGUCUUCAGCUGAUCUUCUUGACCGGAUCGCACUGUCUGACCGGCACUAUUGCCUUUAUGAAUAUCACCGAGAGUACUCUCUGCUCUGUGGUCUUCGCGGUGGUCUCAGCUAUUAUCCUGUUCGCCCUGGCCGUGCCGCCCAGUUUUACUGAGGUUGCUAUUCUUGGGUACAUCGAUUUUGCUUCAAUCGUCAUCGCCAUCGGUAUUACUAUUAUCGGUACCGGAGUGCAGGCGUCAAACGCACCCGGUGGGCUGGCUGCUGUUAACUGGUCUGCGUGGCCCAAAGAUAAUUUAACCUUUACUGAAGGUUUUAUCGCCAUCUCAAAUAUUAUCUUUGCCUACAGCUUUGCCAUGUGCCAAUUCUCCUUCAUGGAUGAAAUGCACACUCCUAAGGACUUUGUCAAGUCGAUCUGGACUCUCGGUAUCACAGAAAUUGUGAUCUAUACCCUCACCGGCGCCCUUAUCUACGCAUUCGUCGGACAGGACGUGUCCAGCCCGGCUCUUACAUCGGCAGGAACCACUUUAAGUCGUGUUGCUUAUGGUGUUGCCUUACCGGUUAUCUUCAUCAGUGGGUCGAUCAAUACAGUCGUCUUUGGGCGCCUAGUUCACGGUCGGAUCUUUGCCAACUCCCCAAUCCGAUACAUCAACACUAAGAUGGGAUGGAUCACCUGGCUGGCUGUCAUUGCAGCUGCCACAGUCAUUGCCUUUAUCAUUGCCGAAGUUAUCCCAUUCUUCAACGAUUUACUGUCAAUCUCCUCGGCCCUGUUUAUCUCCGGGUUCACCUUCUACUUCCCGGCCCUGAUGUGGUUCCUCCUUAUCCGGAAAGGCGGCAUGUUCGAGCGCAAGAAUCUGUUAUUGACUGUGGUUAAUGGGUUCAUUUUCAUUCUCGGAAUGGUGAUUCUCGUGGCCGGUACCUACUCUAGUAUCGACGACAUUAUCGACAAAUACAAUACUGGCUCUGUCCGUGGUGUAUUCACCUGCGCAAAGCCAUCAUAG